AUGCAGCUUCGAACUGGAGCUUCAACGCUCCUCAAAGCGCGCAUAACAGCGGCCCGGCCUUCAGUCUUUUCACCAUGUUUAGAUUGCCAAAGGGCGAUAUCAAGAUCACGGUAUCAUAACAGCCCAAGACGGUCUUCAGCAUGGGCCGCGGCUGUUUCUGUUGCCUCGAAUAUGGUUUCUAACGCAGUUAACCGAGCUACCAAGUCCGAGCUACCUAUCGAUCCUCUACGAAUAGUCGCAAAGGAAAUGAAACAUUUAACAGGAAAUAUUCGACAACUCUUAGGCUCCGGACAUCCUUCUUUAGACCGAGUCGCAAAAUACUACACACAAGCCGAGGGAAAACAUGUACGGCCCUUAAUAGUUUUACUUAUGUCGAGAGCAACCUCUAUAUGUCCGAAAGCCCCAGAGUCACCCCACAACCAAACCGCGACAACGAUAAAUUCUUCUAUAUCCCCACUCGAUAUUCUUGCCGACGUCAAUCCCUCCUCACAUCACGCCGAUUUCUCAUCGCAACCAGAAUCAACCGAGAGCGACGUCCUUCCAUCCCAACGACGUCUAGCUGAGAUCACAGAACUAAUACACACGGCAUCACUUCUGCACGACGACGUCAUAGAUCAUUCUGUGUCACGCCGGGGGUCGCCGUCCGCGAAUUACGAAUUUGGGAAUAAGAUGGCAGUUUUGGCGGGGGAUUUCCUUUUGGGGAGAGCAUCAGUCGCUCUAGCGAGGUUACGAAACGCUGAAGUGGUCGAGCUUCUAGCGACUGUUAUUGCGAACUUGGUAGAAGGUGAAUUCAUGCAGUUGAAAAAUACUGCGCGCGACGAGCGGAACCCCAAAUGGUCCGAGGAUAUCUUUACCUACUAUAUACAAAAAACGUACCUUAAGACAGCAAGUUUGAUUUCGAAAUCAUGUCGGGCUGCAGCGUUACUAGGCCGAGCGGAUGCGACAACCGUGGAUGCUGCCUACUCUUACGGCAGGAAUUUAGGUCUAGCAUUUCAGUUAGUAGACGACAUGUUGGAUUAUACGAAGUCCGGCAAGGAUCUAGGGAAGCCUGCCGGAGCUGAUUUAGAAUUGGGUCUCGCGACAGCGCCGUUACUAUUUGCGUGGAAAUCGAUACCAGAGUUGGGCAUAUUGGUCGGGAGGAAGUUCGGGCAGGAGGGCGACGUUCAAAGGGCACGCGAAUUAGUGUACCAAAGCGAUGGUAUCGAACAAACGAGAGCGCUGGCAGAGGAUUACUGCCUACAAGCCGUCGCAUCUCUCAACACUUUUCCAGAUAGCGAAGCGAAAGACGGUCUUAUAGAAAUGGCGACGAACACGCUAAAACGCCAAAAAUAA